AUGACCUUCUCUUCAGCGGUCUCUGUGCCCGAACAAUUGGUACUCGCCUCGACUCCGAAACGAAAACGAAAUACUCCUGGUCCGCCUACUCCGCCCUCGUCAUCCCCAACCAAAACCAAAAUGAAGCUGAAUACCAAUGUCAUGAGCUCCCCACAGGACGACGGCCGCGCCGGAAGUCCUCGUACAAAGGUCGCGAAUCACUUCCAGAGCUUACAGAUAGACGAUGCGCGGGUUUCGAAGCUCGACCUGAAGCGGCCGAUGCUAUCUGCGGAUGAAGUGAUGACUGGGCAGACAGAUGGAACAUCCGACGACGACAAUAGCAAUACAAGGAAGAGAGUCAAAGUAUUGGAAAUACCAGAGACACCCGACGUUCAUGCUAAACGCAAGGCAAAUACUACAAAGCAGCACUUAGUGGCCCCGAAGUUCACUUUGGCUAUUAAUCGAGGUCCCCCUCAGGAUGGAACUUCUUUCGGAAGCGGCAGCCCCCAAAUUCAAGGAGAGAUGGACCCUGUCAUAUUCAAGUCUGGAAAUCCGUUGGGAAAGCUAAAGUCUGGAGCUCUCAAAAGAGCUUAUCCUAGCAUUAACCGAUUAUCGAAUUCCAAGUCGAGGUCGCGGAAGCGUUCUGGCACUCCGCCACUUCACUCGUCUGCGACUGGCGAUUCCGAAAGUGACGACCCCCCGAAAAUAGUUGAUCCGGAACGUGCUGCUCAAACAUGGCAUGAUGAUGAAAUCACUGGACACGAUCCAUCAGACCCAGAAGAUGACGGUGAAGGAAUCAACGGGAUUGGCUUCAAACCAACGGCGGCGGAGGCGUAUGCACGAGCGCAAAAGAGGAAGUCACAAAUGGCUGACUACAAAAGUCGGGAAGCAAGAGAAGCAAGAGCCCGAAGGAACGAACGGCGGAGGGGUAAGGAAAAGGCGGAUAGGGAAGAAUCCAAAGAGAGAAGAGUUCACUUUUCGGAGGCCGAAAAGCUUGCUAUCCAAUUUAUAGUGUAA